AGGAAAGGCUAAAAAUUCUGGGAUAUGAGGGAGGCGUGAGCGACACAACCUAGACUGUUGCGUUCCUUGCUGAGGGACCAAGAAUAGCCUGGAGUUCUGAGUUCUCAUAACCAGUCUUCACCGCGAUCCUCCAGAAAAUCUACGGGGCAUCCAGGGAAGAACUUGUCCUCAGUUCAGGACCGGGUGGAGACUACAGAAUCUGCAUGUUGGAGUGGGAUUUUAGAGUCAUCGUAAUGGAAGCAAAAUACAUGAAGGAAAUAGUUAUUUUUAUACCAGCAUCCUGCACCUGAUCACUAGUUGCAAAUGGUUUUCAUUACCUAAGAAAAUUUGUGAUGUACAUGGAAAGAUAGUUUUUUUUUCCCCUAGACUCAUUGUUUACAACAUGCUUCGCCUAAGAGCCAUUUGUCCAUUCUCCUGGAGAAUGUUUCAGUUUCGACCUUUCAGUUUUGAACCUUUAAUUAGCCAGAUGACUAAGUCUACAGGUGAAGAACAAAUAUUUGAUCUAAUUGAAAAAAACAAAGCCAUACUUACAGAAGAACAAGUGGGAUGUGCAUUCAGUAUGCUUUGGCAGUUUCAAAGGCAGAAGAUCAGCUUGUUAAAAAAUGUGGAAUAUAUCAGAGAACAUCCCCAGUUUCUUACUCUUCAAGAUUUAGCUACAACUAAAAUGGAAUUCAUGAAUGACACUACCUUGGUGAAUGUGUUGUACAUCACACAACAGUUUGGUAUAAAGGCCCAUGAUCCACUAAUUGAAGCACUAGUUACCGAAGCAUGGAGAAGACUGGAAAGGUUUGAUAUUAAUGUGCUGUCAAAAUUUUCCUCUUGCCUGGUGGAUCAACAUUUAUAUUUCAGUCCAUUAAUGGGAGAAAUAGCUGAUAUUGUAAAUAGGAACUUGGAAGGCAUACAGGACUUAAGGUCCUUGUCUGUCUUGAUGGUCAGCAUAUCUUCUUUAAUAUCACAACGUUUUCAAGAACAAUUAGUGAACAAAACAGAGCUUCUUUUUGACACCAUAGAUCCUUCCCAGGUCAACACAGCAAGAAGAAUAGUACAAUUUCUUCGAAAUAUUAAAUAUAGUUAUUACCCACUGUUAGAAAGAUGCAAUCAGGUAUUUUUAAGCAAUAUGAACCACCUUGAUUUGGACUUCAUCAGUAAAAUACUUAGUUUGUACCAUUCGCUACAGUUUUAUAGCUUCCAGUUUUUUUUAAUGGCUAAGAAGAGGCUAACAGAAAUGAUUCCUCUGUUUGACCACCCUGCUAACUUUGUAAAAUUGUUGGUAGCUCUGGGACCCCUGGCAGGACCUCAAGAAAAGGAUCGACUUAAGUCAACUAUAUUAUUGAUGUCAGAGGAGCUGACUAGCCAGCAGGCCCUGGCAGUGAUGGAAGCAAUGGAAGAGAUGGAAAGCAGAAAUUCACAUCUGAUUAAAAAAAUUGCUUCAAUUCUAUGUAAACAUUUGGAUAACUAUAAACCAGUAGAGUUAUUGAGGAUAACUCAAACAUUGAUUUUUCUACAUUUUCAAAGUAAAGACUUUUUUGUAAAACUCAGAGAAUUACUGCUUAGUUAUUUGAAAGUCAGUAUCGUACCUAGUGAGAUUGCCCUCCUAGUCUGUGCUCUUUCGAUGCUUCCUUCUCCUCACCUAGAUGAAGCAAGGAUAUCUCAAAUCGAAGCAGUUUUACCACAGUGUGACCUAAGUGACCUGAAUGAUUUUGCCACAUCUGUUUUAAGAUGUAUUCAGUAUGAUCACACGUAUCUGGAUAGUACUCCUGGGAAACAGUUGAAACUACUUCAAAAAUUAGAUUACCAUGGUCGUCAGAGACUACAGAAAUGCAACGAUUUGAAUCUGUUAUGGAAAGAAGUUAAAUCUUUGAAAGGAGACUGGUUUGCGCAUUCACUCCUUGAAGAAACAGUUGUUACCUUACAGCGUUUGAUGGAUGAAAUUAAUUACAUAAAUGUUGCAGGGAUUGCAUCUUUCAUUUCUAGAAGUAACUACCUCAGUACUUCACUCCUUGAUAGGAUAGCUUCAGUGGUCGUUCAGCAGAUUGAAAAGAUUCAUCCUUUUGCAAUCCUUGGUGUUAUUCUUCCGUUCUGCGCCUUGAACUAUGAUCCACCUCAAAGGGAUGAAUUUUUUGGAACUUGCAUUCAGCACCUCAAUUCUCACUUAAGCAAAUUGGAUCCUAUCAUGUUAGUGUUUCUUGGUUCCUCCUUGGCUACAAUUGAAUAUUUUCCAGAAAAUCUACUAAAGGCAAUUUUUAACAUCAAAUUCUUAGCCAAAUUAGAUUCUCAACUUGAACUUUUAUGUUCAUCUCUAAAUAUGAAGGUCCAAUUUCGUCUUAUGGAAUUAAAUAGAGCAGUCUGCUUGGAAUGUCCUGAAUACCAGAUUCCCUGGUUUCAUGAGCGCUUCUGUCAACAGUAUAAUAAAGAUACUGGCAGCAUGAAUGGAGCACAACAGCAGAUUUAUAAAAUGUUAGCAGAGGUUCUAGGAGGAAUCAAUUUUGUAAAGGCCUCGGUUCUUACACCUUAUUACUACACAAUAGGUUUUGAAUGUAUCUUGGAUAAAAGAAAAAACCCUCUUCCAUAUGGAAGCCAUAAUUUAACCUUGGGAAAACUGCCAAAAAUACACUCAGAAUCAAAUACUCAAAUAGCUGGAUCGAGACUGCCACCAGGAGCUGAAAAGAUUGCUUUGGAAUUUUUGGAUUCAAGAGCAUUUUGCAGAAAUACCCCUCAUUUAAAAGGGAAAUCUGCCAUGAAAAAACGACAUUUGGAAAUUUUAGGCUAUCAUGUAAUUCAGAUCCCUCAUUUUGAAUGGAACUCUAUGGCAUUGUCAACAAAGGGUGCUCGGAUGGACUACCUGAGAGAACGGAUAUUUGGAGCAGGCAAAUCCGAUCGUUGUUUUUAUUGAGCAUUGGUUUUCAUGGUGUAUCAGAUUUGAACUUAUUUUAAUGAAGUGGCUUGACUCAAUUAAAAGAUAAUAGUGUAGAAUUGGUAUCAAGGUCAA